GCAAGAUAUAGACAUUAGCAUCCUUUCGACAUAGAUUCAUUGAAUAGACAUGAUCGCACCACCAACCAACCACGUCCUCUCGCCGACCCAGACACUCGUCGACGGCAAGGUUCCCCAACGGUUUUCGCCAUUCCGGCGAUAUCUCCUCCUCAUUAUCUUCUGCUUCGCCCAAUUCCUAGACGCGUUCAACAACUCGGCUCUCUUCUCCGCCAUCCCAUCCCUAGAGAAUUCGCUCGGCAUUACCGAGAGCCAGUCAACCUGGAUCAUUAGCGCAUUCCAGCUGACCUUUGCCUCGUUCCUAUUGAUUAGCGGUCGCAUAAGCGAUGUUUACAAUCCAAAGGUGGCAUUCAUCGGUGGCGUCGCUGCUCUUGGGAUAAUUUCCAUUGGUGCUGGCUUCGCAAAAGACAAGAUCGCCAUUAUUGUUCUGCGCGCCCUCAGUGGCAUCGCCGCUGCGAUGACCAUCCCUUCGGCUCUCUCGCUCCUCGUGAGCGUGUUUGUCGAACCGAACGAGCAGGCACGCGCCAUUGGUGUGUUCGGCGGAUGUGGCGCCGUAGGUAAUGUGCUCGGCCUGAUUAUUGGUGCCAUAUUCGUCCAAUAUGCAUCCUGGUCGUGGGUCUUCUGGUUCGUGGCCAUGGUUGCAUUCCCCAUCGCUAUUAUCUGCUUCCUUCUCGUGCCACCGCAAGAGGAGGUUGUCCAUGUCGAGGGUGCAAGGUGGAAGAGUCUUGACAUCGGCGGGGUGUCUAUUCUAACCGCGGCGUUGAUUCUUUUCAUUUUCGCCAUCACAUCCGGUUCGGCAGAUGGCUGGGCGACUGCUGAAGUCCUCGUCCCGCUCAUUGUCUCGAUUUUCAUGGUCGUCGGGUUUUUCUACUACGAGACACGCAUCCCAGUUGCCACCGCUGCAAUUCCGCCGCGGACAUGGUUCCUGCCCAACUUCUCCGUGCUGUUUGGGACCGCGCUACUCCCAUACUUCUGGUGGACGACGAUCUUCACGACGUACACAACGCUCUGGCAGGACACAUACCACUGGCCGGUCAUCUCGACCGCGAUUCACAUGAUCCCCAUCGGUGUGCUCGCCUUCUCGAUGAGCUUUACAGGCCCGCUGUCGCGCGUGUAUAACCCGAAGUGGAUCAUCCUCUUCGGUGAAAGCAUGCUCGUCAUUGCGACCAUACUCCUCGCGUUCGCGGAUGGCCCGGAAAAGUACUGGUCGUUCGUCUUCCCCGCGUUCGUGCUCGGCAGUGGUGGCGCGAUGCUGACGUAUACACAUACGAAUAUUGCGAUCUUCCGCACGUCGCCCGCGUCUAUGGCCGGCACAAUCGGCGCGAUCUUCAACGGCGCGCUGCAGCUCGGGUCCGCGGUGGGUAUCGCCGCAGUUGGGUCAAUCACGACGAGCGUGCAGGAAACGCACGGGACGCAGGGCUAUGCGGGCGAGCAGGCGGCGUUCUGGUUCCUGCUCGGCGUCGUCGGCCUCGAGUGGGCCGCGAUGCUCGUGUUCUACCGCACGAAAAAGGAGGCUGUGGUGCGGGACGCGAACAGCAUCGCCGAGACGAAGAUGACGGCUGUGGAAGAGAAGCUGAGCGGCGACGAGAAGGAGCGUGCGGAUGUGUUUGUGAAGGUGGACGCGGAGCAGAUCACGGAUGACCCCCGCAUGAACAUCGCUGAGCUGCGAAUGAACGCUGAUCCUGACAGUAUCUCGCCGGUUUAGACCUCAUUCCCUAGACGCACCUCAUUUCUUGCACCAUGCUAUCACUUACUGAAUCUAGGAACUUCUCUAUUUCUCGUUCUCAUUUUCCCUCUAUUCCUUCUUUGAGAUGCUUUGAACCAUUCAUGAACCUCUAACGUCGCAACGCACCACACUAGAAUAGACGCACUUGUUGUAUCGAUCAUUUAUCUUCAUGUUUUCUACAUUUAUCUGACUGCAUAUAUCAUAACCUGCCAAUCUGUCUUUCCUGUCCUCAAAGAUUGGAAUGGAAUUAGCUUGGAUCCUCGCGCUUGGUACACGUUGCGGUGCAGUAACAACUCAAUAUUCUCGG